AUGAAUUGUUCCGUGCGGCGACUGUUUAGCAGGAGGGAUUCUUCCAUUUCCCCUCUCCUUCUUCUUCUCCGUUCCUACGCCACUCGCAAGUCCAAACCCACCCCACCGGAGAUUCCUUUUCAGCCCAAACUUGCAAACGCCGUCAACCUCAUCGGUCAGCUCCUCACGCCACUUCAAUUCCACCACUAUCCCGACGGCAACGCCUGGGCUGCCGCCGUCAUCACGCGCCAAGAAUCUCCUUCUUCUCCUUUCCUCUCGAUUCCGCUUAUAUUUGAGGGUGAUCUCGCUCACACUGCUAAAUGUCAUCUCAAACAGAAUGAUUUCAUCCACAUUGCUGGGCAACUCACCUCUCAUCCUCAUCCUCCACAAUUCCAGCUACUCCAACAUCAAACCCAUUUCCAGGUUAUGGUGCAAACCCUCAACUUUGUCCAAGGAUAUCCCAAACUCAACACUACUUCCGCAUCAAUACUUCCUUUCUCUCAAAAUGAGGAGCAUGACAUCAAUCCAUCAAGGAAGAGUAUCCAUGCAAAUCAGAGUAAGGAGCUUGACAUAGACAACUCCUGGAAGGAUCUCCUUGAUAACCCCAUUGAAUGGUGGGAUCUUCGUUCAACAGAGGAGAAUCCAAAAGGUGCAGCUUUUGAAAGAAAGACAAAUGGUGAAUUACUCUUUAUCACUAGCUCAACUCCCAAAUGGCUUGAAGACAAACUAGAGUCGGUGACACUUGAUCUGAAGCCUGAACCAAAACACUCAAUAUCCAGUGCUAAGAAAAAGCCAGAUUCUUCAAUGAGUUCUUGGACAGACCUUCUAGAUAAUCCAAAGCAGUGGUGUGAUUUCCGUGACAGCAAACAAAAUGGAUUGGUAAAUCCGAAGUACCCUGAUUUCAAGCGCAAGGAUGGCAGUGUUUCCCUCUGGCUUAACAAGGCUACAACAUGGGUUUUACCCAAACUGAAAGGGCUUGAAUUUGAUGUUCCGGUUGUUAAAUCCAAAAAGGCAAAGGACGGUAAAGGUGGUGAUGUGUCCUGGAAUGAUUUGGUGCAAAAUCCGGCUAAAUGGUGGGAUAAUAGAUCAGAUAAGAGGAAUGAAAAAGCUCCCGAUUUCAAGCACAAGGAAACUGGUGAAGGGCUGUGGCUUAAUUCUUCACCAAGUUGGGUGUUAGAAAAAUUGCCACCUGUGAAGCCUAAACAAAGGGUAGAAACUGGCGUGAAACAGACACUGGUUUCAUAA